CUAAUUGAUAAGCUAGCCAGGACGAUUAGUCGUAUUCACUUAUUGUUUAGUCCCAUAGCUGGUCGUUUCAAGACUUAGGUCAUAACAUAAACCAAAUAUAUGUUCUUCUUUCUUAUUUACCAAAAGCCGGUGCUUGGCCGAGCACUUCUUACCCAUUACUUUUCGAAUCGUUUUCUUUAUCACGAUCACGGUCAUCACGAAUACCAGUACUCCUUUUCACAGAACUUUAGAACGCGUAACGAAGCGUGCGGAAGGCUCCCAUAGAUCCAGCCCUUUACGUUGACCCGUAUCAAAACAUGUGGCUAUCUCUUGAAUUAACUUUUUGUUACUUAAUUAUCUUUUUACUAACACGGUACUAUACGCAAGGUAAAGGUCGUUGUUUCUUCCAGCGAGGAAUAAGAUGUUGAAGUGUUUUUUACCUCGACCGCUCGCAGUAAACAGCAAGAGGUACAAAUCCGAAGAUUAGGCAGUGGCAUUCGGCCGCUACUGCCUAACUCCUAAACUUGUUUCCGAAAAUAACUUGACAAUUGAGAAAUGUGUGGUGGAUACACUCUCUGGUCUCUCUGAUCCCUUGAUUCUCUCUUGUGCAAGGUAAGUGCCUGGAAUCCUGAGAUUAUACUCGUGCAGCUUAAGCCUUCUGAGAUGUUUCGACGAAUCGCUUCGAAGGUUUACCUGACUAUAUAUACACACGUUCAAUAAGUGUUUUUCGAUCGAACAGGAGUUGGAUAAAACAGGCACGAGUCCAAGCUAGCUUGAACUUUUUGUUUGUUUUCAGUUAGAGGAACUGAAGGAAGUGUCCCAUACUGCACAGGAAGCGAAGCUAGACAGAGAGCUACUUCGUUUUGAGGAUAUGCUCGAGUUGUUUCUUGCUGAUAAAGACAUGUUUUUGGAGGAUCUCUACAGGCGGCUUAAACAAGUUACUUCCCUGUGGAGAUCGUGGAGGGUUCAAAGAUUGCGUGACGUGCCAGUAACCCACCUUGUGUCCACAAAACAGGUAAGGAUCGUGACAUUAGAACUUGGGUAAAUUGAAGUGCUGAUGUUGACAUGCCCUUUUCCCUCUCCCUUUCCAUUGGAAGAGAAAAAGGGAGGUACCAGAGCAGAGUGAUCCAAGUUAGGUGUCCUUGAUUGUGGGUUGGGAAAAAAAAAGCUAAAAAAAAAUAUUAUGCUGAUGUGCACCUCAUGAUUGAGUGCCAUAUAGUCUCCACCUUGCGCACCAAGAGGAGGCUGGACAUAAAUUUAUGAAAAAAAUAUAUUACUCUCUUGCAAGACGGCCCACACUGGGCUACGUGCAUGCUUCCCGGUUCGGUCAAAUGUUUGCUGCAGUUCUCCUUCUUUAUAGUUUAUCGUGACCAAUGGAAUGGAAGCAUGAAAAAGGCCAUGUAAUCAUUACGAAUGAAUUUUGAGAGGUUUUCUCGACCAUGCUUAACCGAGCGGUGACGUCACCGAUAGACAUCCUUGCUCGGCCCGUUUAAAGUUCGCGCGGACAACAAAGCAAGAAUUAAACAUCCCUUUUUAGAUCAACAAGAUACUCGUCAGUACUUUUAACAUGUGAUUUCCUUUAUUAAAUUUCUUGUGUUCGACCGCAACACCAAGUUGAGUAAAAGCCUAAAAUAAAAGUGAGGUAUAUUCGCCGUUCAAUAUUACUGUGAUAACUGAAGAGCUAUAAUUUCGUGCCUUUUUUGUUUAAAUCUAAAGGUAGAAAACCUUAUUUAUUGGGAAAAAAAUCUUCCAGGGAAAAAGACGGCGGCGAAGUUGAAAGUUGGCAAGAAAAGACCAGAUGACAUGUUGGUUAGAUUUCUACAAUCCUGCAAAGAGUCCCGCCAGCUCUAUAGACAAUUUUUUUUCUCGAUAUACACACCUCUUCACCAACUUUUCGCUGACGAAAGAGCCGCGUCUAUAGAAAAGGAACUGGAACGAAUCCUUAAACAGUGGAGCUCUCUCCUCGUACCAGGCCCCAUUAAUCACAGAAUGCUGAGCGCAGAGAGCUCCGAAGCAGUUUACAAUAUGAAGAUCACAAACAAACCACGUGACACGCGAUUUAACCUCAUUUUGAGACUAGUGCCAGACUUUGCCGUGAAAGGUUAUAAAGUUCUCUUUCUUGCACGUCAGUGGAGAAAUAUGUUGGGUUCAUCUGGUUACUGGAGGGAGUUGAAAUUCAUCCACAGCAAGAAGCAGUGGGCCUCAAGGCCUGAACGCUCCUACUCGAGUGUUUGUAGCAGUACAUUUCAUAAGUUAGAAAAGGAGUUGACCUGUUUUGGAGAGGGCGAGAUGACGGAGUCAAAAGGUCGUGUAAGGAGAAUAGGCAACCGAACAGCAACACGUGACCAUGAAGUGCUUGGAACGAAUAUGAAAUUUCAUUCGCUAAGAGAAACCGAUGAGAGAUUCCCCUGCUUGGCCUCAUUUAAUUUAGACACGAACAAGAAACGAGGAGAAUUUUCAAGGAUGGAUCUAAAGCGAAAACAGGUCAAAGUACCGAGAGUCAAAACAGAAAUUCUCGAUAGGAAACUAAGAUCGCGUUACACGGCCGAGAAAACCGUAGAGGGCCCGUUGUUCCACACUUUAGCUGUUUCGAGGACGAAAUGCUGGGGUUCAAGAAAUGAGAUUUCGAACGAAAAGCAACAAAAUAAC